AUGGAAAUACACAUAGUUUUGAGAAGGAUGAGAAGGAAGAAGAAUCCUUUUUCACCUUCAACAAUGUACUUGAGAUUGACAAGAAACAAGGUAGAGGAAGAUCGAGCUCGAAAAGGGUAUGUCCCGGUGCUCGUUGGUAAAGAGGGGAUGAUGGAAAGAAUCUUGUUACCAACGAAGCUGAUUGAUCAUCCAUAUGUAGUUUCCUUACUGGAGCUGUCUGCUAAAGAAUAUGGAUACGAGCAACAAGGAUUGCUGCAAAUUCCGUAUGAUGCUGAUUGCUUCAAAAGGGUUAUUGAGAGUAUAUCCAAGGAGAAACAAUCUUGA